GAUUUAUUUACCGCUACAGGACUAAGGUCAGCAUCUCGCCCAAAUACAGACUGCAAGGAACAAAUGUUUCACUAAUUGUACCAAGCAAAGUAGAAGUUCAUGUUAGCAUUGUCCUUCAGAUGUGUACCUGACGACCUUGAAACCUGUACAUGAUUUAUUCAUGCAUAAGGUUUUCUCAACGGAUUCGUCCGAUAUUACGGAAUUUUAAAUCAUCUGCUUUUGGCAAUGUCAAUUACUCACGAAAAAACUCACAAUUUCGGACACCGGUAUCCACCGACACGGUGUUUAAACCUGGAUUAAGAUUGGCUCUGAAGUGCGGAGUUUUCACUGUCAUAUCUACUAAUGCAAUUUUUCUGGGAUCGCUUAUUUUGGGCUUCGAGGCUUGGCAAGCUCGUUAUUCCAAAGCAAAAAGUGAUUACGCCAUUAGAAAUUUCAUUUCUACGGUUCGCGAUUACAUAGAAAAGAUUUUAGGCAGACCUCUACAAGCCUUUGAUGUUUACUGGGCUAUCGUAGUUUGCAAUGUCCUGGUCUUUCUUGCUCUUAACAGUCAAUUUUCCUCCACCCUUCUACCUUAUUUCUGCAGCAGUCCAUAUGGGUCCACUCCUGUAUUAUCACUGGUGCUUAGUUUAUUUUCGCACAAAAGUCUAUUCCAUUUGGGUAUCAAUAUGUAUGUUUUGCACAGUUUCGCAUCAUCAGUUAUGUCGCUUGUCGGUGUUGAGGAUUUUUUCAGUGUUUUUAUUGCUGGUGGAAUCUUCUCAGGUUAUAUUAGUUUGAUGAAUAAAUUACUACGGAGAUCUGCAUUUCCAUCAUUAGGUGCCAGUGGAGGUAUAUGCGCUAUUAUUGGUGCAUUUUCUAUGCUUCAGCCAAAUGCUAGGUUAUGUGUACCGUUUAUUGUUGACUUUAUACCUCAUUCAUUUCAAGCGAGCAGUGCAGUUUGGAUUAUUCUUAGCAUUGAAAUAUUUGGGCUUAUAUUCUUGAGUCGUCGUAGUGCAUUAGAUCACGCUGCACAUGCUGGUGGUUUGAUCUUUGGCAUGCUGUAUGGUAGCAAUGGUGUUGAAUCAAUUUGGAAACGACAUCGUGCUGUAUUAUCUUGGUGGAAGAAUAUUCGUGAUUAAAAACAUAGAUUACAAUGAUAUUUUUAGGAUGUUCUCUAUAGUUGUAAUUUUAUAAUAAACAUUCAACAAAAAAAGAUGGUUGUAUGCUUU